UAAAAAAAAGCUGUUCUUAUAUUUUUUUUUAUUCAUAUUGGAAAAAAUUUAUCUCUUGUCUAGUCUUAUUUAUAAGCAACGUGGAGUGUAAAACGUGUCGCCUUGACAAAACUUGUUUAAUUUACAUAGAACUUCAAGCCUAUAAGGUUCAUGAAAAAACAAUUAUCCUAUUGCACUAGUCCUUUUUUUUAAUUUCAGCGAAAAUAAUGUUGGACAAAUGGCUUUGGUAUUUUUUCUAAGAUCUUCAACAAUUGCUAAGAAGUGAAGAAAAGAAAGGAUUAUGUAUGCAUCACACCACAGAAUGAAGAUACAAAGCAUAGUGUCACAAAUUUCUAUAAAAAAAUCAAAGCAAAUUUAACAACCUGGCUUUUAUUAAUGUAUUUUGUGAUUUUUAAACCAUUAAGAUGAUAUUGUGAACUUUGCAAACAUUCUAGCUAAAUUCAACACUUCAUUAGUAUUGGUGUACUAUGUAGAUACUGCCGACCUACCAAUCAUUUUUUAACAAACCAACUUAAGAAGAAUCUAUUCGCGUUACAGAAAAAUAUAGGUAACAUCUUUGUUACUUACGUCGAUGGUCAACAUUCUACUACAUCAAUAGCUUCCACUGGAUUUUAUUUCAAGAGCAUUUUUGACGAAUUUGUGAGCUCAAAAAAAAAUCAUAAGCUAAACGUAAGCGGAAAAGUUUGAUCGCUUUCAAUAGAACUUGUGUAAACAGACUCGCUAGCUGUUUAAUUAUAUUUUUCGGAUUUUUGUUUCAGCGAUGACAUUUCACGGAAUCAACUGGAUGCCUGAGAAGGAAGUAAGUGUGGAUGCUUCUGAAGCAACGACGCUGGAAUGUAUUGAACUAGGACACAAAAUACGUUUAUGUGGUUUAACAUGGGCAAAAAAAGCUUCAGCACAAAUUGAAUCUGAAUAUAAAACUAAUUAUGAAAAGAUUCUAGAACUUCAACAACAGCUUAUAUUGCUAGAUGAAGAUUUAAAACGGCGACAGACAAUGUUCAGUUCUACGGAAUGUGAUAGACUUAUGAAGAUUACUGAGGAUUUGGGAAAUAUGACUGAUAAGUACAAUGCUGAGUAUCACGCGCUUGAUCAAAACGGGAGAGAAUUUGUAAACGAUCAAUACAACUAUUUUGCAUUGACGGAGACAUAUAAGGUAAAGGAGAAUGAGUUAUGGAAGAUGAACAGCGAAACUCAAAUUUUAACUCAUGUUACUGAGUUGUGGAAUGUUGAAGUCUCAAAUGCAAUGACUCAUAUAACUCGGUUAAAAGAACAGCUAAAUGUGGAACGAAUGAGACAAGCAGAAUUACAAAAAGCUUCUAAAAUGUAUAUACAACGGACGUUCCAAAACGUAAAAAGAAAUCGUUUGAGUAUUCUCGAACAGGACGAUUUUGACCCAUCAACUCAUCAACACAGGGAACAGUUCAACAGUGUUGUUGAUAAACUAGGAAGCCUUUUAGACAUGAUUUCAGUCAACGAAACGUCAUCAAAUGAAAAGAAAACAAACAAAACUUGGGGUUUAUCACGAAAGACUACAAAUGCUCUCAAAUUUUUAUAAUUAUUCAAUCACAACCACAAGUGUCUUGUACUGGAAAUAAACUAUGUGUCCAUCAUUCAUUACUAAAGAGUGUUUCUACUCUCAAUUUCGACGUGAUUUGAAUGCUAAUUUAAUUUAAAAGUUUAAAUAACGUUUCUAUUUUCCUAAAAUAUCUAAUACAAUAUUUAACAUACUUAUAGUAUUGAGAUUUUAAAAAACUUUCCUUACAUAUAAAGUCAUAAUCAUUAAAAACAAACCACUUGUAAAUAUUAUUUCCAUACAAUAUGCUAAAAGCAUUUUAGUAAAACUAAACGUAGUCAAAUAAUUUUUUUCUCGCUGGUUACUUGUUCACUAGUAGUUAUAUAAUUAUGACAUAAUUGAACAGACAACUACUUUUUAUUACAAUAUUUUCA